AUGCCUGCAAGGCCCGUUUCCCUUUCUGCUCGCUCGCGCUGCUUACUCCGCGCGCCCAAACAUUCUCAGCGCCAGCCUUUCUCGACACGGGCCCCCCUCUCCGGCGCUCAUGAGCCACACUAUGACCCCCCGACAGGCUGGCUGUGGGGAGUUAAACCUGGGCAGAAAUAUGUAAAGGAAGGAUGGGAGGGUCUAUGGACGUAUGGGUUUGUCGGAAGUUUGGUGGUUGCCGGAAUUGCAUAUGCAUUUAAGCCGGACACCUCGAUACAAACGUGGGCUUUGGAAGAAGCGAGACGACGACUCGAAAAGGAAGGCAUUCUCGAGGAUCCCGACACUGUGCGAAAGGAAUGA